AUGAGGAGAAGUGUUACUACGUAUCAGCCAGCAGCUCACACAGCAGGUCUCAAGAGAGCUUCCACAACAUCGGCGGUAUCACCCCUUUCACACGUUGAAGAAAGAUUGGGUGGAUUGGAAUUGGUUGAGGCCAAAUCGGAUGUUGAAGAAGCGUCUUACGAGCCAGCACAAUAUUUCAGUAAUCGAGAAGAUGAGGAAUUUGCAGGAAUAAAGUACACUGCUCUGCCUGGAAGUUCGGGAACAGAGCAAGAGGAAGCCAAUAACUCUUCCUCACAGAAUACAGAGGUACAAGCAAAUUGUGAAUCUUCUUUCCAUAGCAAUAAUAGUACUUUGGGAGAUCCACCAUCUUCAUCUUCUGAAUACGAAGGCGAUUUGGAGGAUGGAUCAUACACGGAUACCUUGAGUACAUCUGUUAACGAUUCUUUACCACCUGAAAACGUUCACAAACCAUUAAAGGAUCUUAUCUUUAAGGCCAACAAAGAGGCUUACGACGUUGAUUCUAAUAAGGUAAGGAUUAAAGUUGGAUUAUCGAAGAAAGUACCCAGUUUACACCCAAGGAGGAAAAUUAACGGAGCCUCAUCUUUACAAUGA